CUGACGCACGGCUCUCACUCCCUUGAACCACCUCUGCAGACUGCAUUCCUAUUUAUCGACAGUCUAUUCUUACCGAUACCCCAUAUACACCUAUUAUCACAACCAACAUGCAAUGAUGGCGACCGUCAUGGCUCCGGAGAUGGCAACCCAAUCCGCCAAUCUACGCGCCGAACUGAAAGAAUGGGAGCGAGCUUUUGCGGACGCCAAUGGAGGGAGAAAGGCCGAACGAAGCGAUAUCAAGAAGGUCCCUGAAAUCGCCGCAAAAUACAAAGAAUACUCCCGCCUAAAGGCCCUCGAGACAUCCUCUUCCACCGACAAAAACCCCGUCCAACUAGAAGAACGGCCCAAGAAACGCAAACACACCUCCCCAAACGGCCCCUCAGCUUCUCUCACCACAUCGACCCCCCGCAAAGCCUCCAAAGGCGCCGCGGCAGCAUUCGAAACACCCUCCAAAUCCCGCCCUGUCACAACCUCCCACCCCUCCGAAGUCGAUCCCUACGACUCUCCCUCUGUCCUCCGUCGCCUCUUCAGCCCAAGCACCCAUCAAACACCCCUAAAGACAGCCAUCGGCCCGACCCCACAACGCGACGGCAAGGCCCUAGGCCUCUUCGACCUCCUCUCCGAGUCCGGCGGCAGCACCGCCACUCCCUCCGCAACACGUAUCGCCAGUCUCCGCGACAACGCAGUCCAGACACCCUCAAGACGAAGGAAACAGCUCGACACGAUCGCCGAAGAAGGCGAAGAAGACGAACCUGAAGAAGACGACGACAGUCCGAGAGGCGCACGCACCCCAGCCUCAUCAGGCAAGAAAUGGAUGCUUUCCACCCUCUUCGCAACCCCCACGACAUGGCGCUACGCAAUGAUGGAGAACGAAAACCAAGGCCCCCGGUACCCAGCGUACAUUCGAACGGACAACACAGCAUCAAAACCAACAGAAGCACAACCCGGACCCAACGCCGAAGAAACCCCAUCCUUCCUCCGCCGCGCACCAGCAACCCGCUACAACCCAAACACCCACCCCGGAGACGACGGCGGCCUAAGCCCCAUUGCCGUGCGCAAGAGACCCCAAUUCGUCGGAAAGGGCCUCUCAGCUCUCGUCCAAGGCCUCCGCGACAUGGAAGAAGAGCAAAUGCAAAAUGACAUGGACAUACUUCAUGAAAUCGAGGCCGAACAACUACAACAGCAACAAGCAGGAGGGGAUAUCGCAGAUAGCCAAACCCAACAACAAUACCCACCAACCGAAGAACACCGCCCAUUCAAAAAGAAGGGCCAGAAACGAACUACCCGCAAAGUGCGCAUGAAGCCCGUUACCGCGAAACCGAAAGCAGAGCCCCAGCUACCCGCUUCAGACGAUGAGGAAGAUACCCAGGAGGCGGAUGCGGAUAUAGUCCCCGAAACACAACACCUCAAUAUCCCCGGAACUGAACCGCACGAUAUAGACGACGAAGAGGAACUCAAUUCACUCCAUUCCUAUUCAGGGUCCGAACCGGACUUAGAUCCCGACUAUGACUUCGAUGAAGAUGAAGAGACAUUAUCUAAGCCUCCAGCUAGAAGUAAGAGCUUCUCGGAGAGGAUGAAGGAGGCGAUUGAGGCGGAUAAACCGCAGGGGCGGGCGAAAGAUCAGCAAGUGGAUAAUGAGAAGGAGACGAAAAAGAAGGAGAAGACGAAGGAGAAGACUCAGACUCAGCCGCGUGCUAGGAAAUUUAAUCCGGCGGCGCAUGCUAAUUAUCGGUCUUUGAAGUUGCGGAAUAGAGGGAGUAAGGGGAGGUAUGGGGGCCGGUUUGGGAGGAGGUAGAUAGGUGGUGGAUGAGUAUAGAUAGAGGGGAUGUGAUUGAUAG